GUUUAAUUUAGAAUUAUAGUAGGAUAGAACACAGUAAAUAUUACAAGUAAACAGAGUGGCUAGUAUUUGACUAAAUUGGUGAUUUUUUUUAGUAAUUUGUGAGUACGUUAGAAAGUGUAUAUUUGUUGACAGUUUGUUAUUGUUAUGCAAGUUUGAUUUCUCAUCUGAAGUCAUAAUAUUGGUCUUCUUUUAAAGUGCAGCUAUAGAAGAAGAAGAAGAAAAAGAAAACAUUGAUCCAAUUAGUAAGUUAUUCAAGAAAUUGUAAGUCGUCAGAGACUGUUCUCUGUUGUGUUAGCACCUUUCCUGGUUGACUUUGACCCAAAAGUGGAAAGACUUUUCUACACAGGAAAGAGCUUGUUUUUAGCUUGAUCAUGGCUCUUUAUAUAAUCAUUCGUGCACCUAACCAAACAGUCCCUGAUCAGAAGAUAGAAUGUCAGCCUGACUGGACAGUUAAGGACUUGAAAGAUCAUCUUUCUCAAGUAUAUCCAAAUAAACCUAAAAUCCAAGACCAAAGACUGAUUUAUUUUGGUCAUCUACUUCAAGAUCAUUUGAGUGUAAAGGAUAUCUUGAGACCUGAUGCCCAAACUCAUGUGAUCCAUUUAAUUUGUUCACAAAAGGAUGUGGUGAUUUCACAAGCCCCCCCAAAAAUGACUACAACAUCCUCUCAGCCUAUAUCUAAUAGUUCAUCUCCAUCUGGCAAUUUGAACAUAGGUGGUCUGAAUCAUUUACCAUGGGCUGAUGGACUUCACCAAAGAUUCAUGCCAUAUGUUUCUAACAGUGUGUACAGUUCCCCCACCACUUUCCAGUCAGUUCCCAUGAGUCCAGAACAGGCAUACCAGCAUUUCACCACCAUGCAUAACCUUUAUGCUCAAUACAUGGCCCAGUACUUUCAAAAUGUUCAUGCAAGUUCAAGGACUGAGUCGCAAUGGUCCUCUUCCUUUCAUGAAGCCCCAGUAGAUCUGGGAAUGACUGAACAGAACACUGGCCAACCAUUGCCUCUUGCUGAAAACAUGGGAAUGAAUGCUCAGGCUAGGCAGGUUUUCGAAGAACAAGAAGAAGAAGAGUUGGCUCAUAGGGACUGGCUGGAUUACUUUUACAUUUUUAGCCGUGUUUUUAUACUCUUCAGUUUUGUGUUCUUCUAUUCUUCUGUUGAGCGAUUCUUUAUUAUAGCUUUGCUUGGAGUAAUAAUGUUUUUGUACAAGAGAGGGUGGUUUGGCCAGAGAAGACCAGUCAAUCAUCCUAGAGAAGUUAAUGUUGAUCCAGGAGCUGGACUCCCAGAUGACGAAGAAAAUGUUGAACGACAAGCACCUCGUGACAUAUCAUCUGUACAGAAUGAACGUGAAGAGGUCACUACAGAGCAAGACUGGGAGUCAAACCAGCAGUUAUAUUCUCCAUUAGCUACAGCUGUGACAUUCGUCUCAACAUUCUUUUCAUCCAUGAUACCAGAUCAACCUCCUCCUGUUAAUGUUAACUAGAAUUUUUUUCUCCUUGUAAUUGCAGUGUAUUUAAAACAAAACAUUUAGAAAAAAUGGAAUCUAUGAUUCCUGUUUCUAGAAAAUAAUUAGAUAGAGAGAAAUAUGGCAUAUUUUUAAUAGUAACUUCAAAAGAUCUCAACAUGGUAAAAAUUUUCAUACUGAACCAGUAGCUGUUAUCUAUAUUAUUUAAGUAUAUAAAAUGUGUGUGUUUGCAAUAUACAAGUCUGAUAUUUAUGUUUAUGCAAGAAUAAGGUCUUUUUUAUUACUUUGUAAAUAUUUUUGUAGAUCAGUAUAGUUUAUGAACACAAAACAGAAUUUUAUGAGUUUACUUGAAACUCGAGGAAAAGAAGUGAUUAAUAUACAUUAGAUUGUAUUCUUGCAAGAAGUUUGUAGAAUGGGGCUCAGUUUUGUUGUUGUUUUUUCAUUUCCUCAAUAAAUUGCAAACAAUAUGUUGAACUGUGCCUAAAGUUAAAUCUUUUAGUAGUUUCUUUACUAUGAAUGUAUUUGUCCUUAUUACAGUUCUAUUAACACAUAAAUCUGCUUUGUGAUUUCUUGUGGUUUUAUCUAAUAUACAAUCAUAUAAUGCUAGUCUGUCAAAGUUCAUUUGAACAUUCUAAUACAGCUACAGAGCUAUAAAUGUAUUUGUAUAUAGUUACAUGUAUAUAUAUAUGUGUGUGUGUUUAAACCCCAAUAAAACUUGCAACUUUCUUAACUUGUUAA